AUGCAUGAUUGGAGUGCAACACAAUACCUCAAAUUCAAGGACGAGCGCACCCAACCAGCCCGCGAUCUCCUCGCCAGGGUUCCACUCCAAGCCCCCAAAAGAGUAGUAGAUCUAGGAUGUGGGCCAGGGAACUCAACGGCUGUCCUUGAGUCCCGUUACCCUGACGCACAACUUGUAGGGAUGGAUUCAUCCCCAGACAUGAUCAACAAAGCCAAAUCCACCCUACCCCAUUUGACUUUCAGUAUCGAAGAUUUGAAUACAUACACGCCUGAAGUUCCAGUUGAUCUUUACUACUCCAAUGCCGUCUUUCAAUGGAUUAAGAGAGCAGACCGCAUUCGGAUCCUCAAGAACUUGAUCAAAACCCAACCGUCUGGUGGAGUGUUUGCUUUCCAGGUCCCGGACAAUCUCAAUGAGCCUUCUCAUGUCUUUAUGGAGGAAACUGCUAGGGCUGGACCCUGGGCGACCAAAUUGCAAUCCGUCGGUCGAGAUACAUUUCAGUCACCACAGGAGAUUUAUGAUCAGCUUAAGCCGCUUUGUUCGGAAGUGAACCUCUUCCAUACAAGCUACUAUCAUUCACUUGAGAAUCACGCGGCUAUCAUUGAAUGGGUCAAAGGGACUGGACUGAGACCUUACGUGGAUCCCUUGCAGCCGGAAGAGAAAGAUGCCUUUUUGAAAGAGUACCUAAGGCGCCUGGAAAAUGCAUAUCCCGUGUCUGCCGAUGGCCGAGUCUUGCUGCGAUACCCACGGCUGUUUGUUGUUACCGUGAAGAGCUGA